UCGCGGCACGAGCUCAGCCACGGCCGCCAUUUUACGUUCUCCUGUGUGGUGUGACAACGAAGCGGGAGGCGGACUGGAGCCGGGAGGCAGUUAGCACGUCCGCUUUCGGGUUUUUUUUUUUUUUUGGAAGGAAAAAACACACUGCCGUAAAAAAAGAACAAAAAAGUAACAUACCGCUGAUUUAGUUGGCAUUCGGCAGAUUUCUGGAGACAUGGCCACUGAACAUGUUAAUGGGAACGGUACGGAAGAGCCUAUGGACAUCACUGCUGCAGUUACCCAUUCUGAACACUUCCAGUCUUUGUUAGAUGCUGGUUUACCACAGAAAGUUGCUGAAAAACUAGAUGAAAUUUACAUAUCAGGCUUGGUAGCACACAGUGACCUAGAUGAAAGGGCAAUUGAGGCACUGAAAGAAUUUAAUGAAGAUGGAGCCUUGCAAGUACUGCAGCAGUUCAAGGACAGUGACCUGUCACAUGUUCAGAACAAAAGUGCCUUUCUGUGUGGAGUAAUGAAGACCUACAGACAGAGGGAGAAACAGGGAGGAAAAGUGUCAGAAGCUAGCAAGGGACCGGAUGAAGCCAAAAUAAAAGCUCUGCUGGAGCGGACUGGCUACACGCUGGAUGUUACAACAGGACAGCGCAAGUAUGGUGGUCCCCCUCCAGAGUCUGUGUACUCAGGACUGCAGCCCACAAUGGGUACAGAGAUAUUUGUGGGCAAAAUUCCAAGAGAUUUGUUUGAGGAUGAGCUUGUUCCUCUGUUUGAGAAGGCGGGGCCAAUUUGGGACUUGAGGCUUAUGAUGGACCCCCUUACUGGCCUAAACAGGGGCUAUGCCUUUGUCACAUUCUGCACUAAGGAGGCUGCCCAGGAAGCGGUGAAAUUGUUUAACAACAGAGAAAUUCGACCUGGCAGACACAUUGGUGUGUGCAUCUCUGUCGCCAAUAACAGGUUAUUUGUUGGCUCUAUACCCAAGAACAAAACAAAAGAACAGAUUAUAGAGGAGUUUUCUAAAGUUACAGAGGGUCUCAGUGAUGUCAUACUGUACCAUCAGCCUGAUGACAAAAAAAAGAACAGAGGGUUUUGCUUCCUGGAGUAUGAAGACCACAAAUCUGCUGCCCAGGCCCGACGGAGGUUAAUGAGUGGCAAGGUCAAAGUGUGGGGCAACCUUGUGACUGUGGAAUGGGCAGACCCCAUUGAGGAUCCUGACCCUGAGAUCAUGGCUAAGGUAAAAGUUCUGUUUGUUCGAAACCUGGCCAGCACUGUAACGGAGGAAAUACUCGAAAAGACCUUCAGUCAGUUUGGGAAGGUGGACCGGGUGAAGAAACUGAAAGAUUAUGCCUUUGUCCACUUCGAUGACAGGGAUGGAGCUGUGAAGGCCAUGGCUGAAAUGAAUGGCAAAGAUGUGGAGGGAGAACACAUUGAAAUUGUUUUCGCAAAGCCUCCCGACCAGAAGAGAAAGGAACGCAAAGCUCAGAGGCAGGCUGCUAAGACGCAAAUGUAUGAUGAUUACUACUACUACGGCCCGCCUCAUAUGCCACCUCCCACAAGAGGCCGAGGCAGGGGAGGCAGAGGUGGCUAUUCCUACCCUCCUGACUACUACGGCUACGAGGAUUACUACGAUUACUAUGGAUACGACUAUCACAACUACCGUGGUGGUUAUGAGGACCCCUACUACGGUUAUGAUGACUAUCAGGUUCCCAGCCGGGGCAGAAGCACUCGGGGAGUGAGAGGCGCAGCCCCGCCCCGGGGCCGCGGGCCAGUGGCGCCAAGAGGCAGAGCCAGUUUCUCUCAGCGGGGCGGUCCCGGGACGAGCAGAGGCGCACGCGGGGCCAGAGGGAACGCCCAGCAGAGAGGCCGCGGGCAGGGCAAAGGGGCCGAGGCUGGUCCUGACCUGUUUCUCUGAAGACUGGCUUGCUUUGCGAGGGUUACACCGGAAGCUGCCCGUGGAUGCCCCGGUAAGGUCGACGCAACGGUCCAGUGAUCUUCCAGCCUUACAGAGCCUGCCAGAGCACCACACUAAAGAUCAGUGGAGCACACUCAAGAUGCUGUUUGCUUGGACUAUUUUUUAAUACAGAUGGAAGCCUUGCAUUUUGCAGUUGUUUUACUACCCCCAUCCCCACCCCACCAUAGGAAAUAAAAUGUAUUUUGCACUUUUUAAUUUUCCUCUAGGUUUGAAGUGGCUCAGAAGAGCUUGAUGCUGUUGUGCUAACUGCAGUUUUGUUGGAAUAUACAUGUUAAUCUCAAAUGCUUCAUUUUGAGAUGUUUGUUCGUGUGAGAGAACACUGUAGCAGGUUUCAGUGUAACCAUCUGGUGCAAAUAGGCAUUCCAGGAAAAGUGGUUCUUUUCAGGACUUGUCUUCGAAGGUGUCAGCUACCUACCUCAUUGCGGAGGAUUAAAGUACCCUGGGUGUACUGUAAAUAGGUAACUACUGAUGAAAGCAGGGCUUGUUUACCCCCUUCUCUCCAGCAAAUGUAUACUGGCAGGGGCAAAAGACACAAAUAAUGAGUUAGUCUAUUUUUGCUGUUGUAUCAGCACUGCUGUUACUCGAAAAAUCUUAUAAGAGACUGAACAAGCCUUGCUUUCAUCCUAAUUUUCUGAAUUAGCUGCCUUAAUAUUUGGAACAGACUACUUUUGUAAAGUCUCGAUCGUGUGACAGGCAGCGACUGCGUUUAAUAGCAUUGCAGUGUCCCUUUUUUUCCAAUGGAAGAUGCAUAGUUUUUUGUAGUAUUAACUAAUCUCCGUGAGGGUUGCGUGCACUCUGCUCCAUUCGGUACCGUCAAUGUUGACCGACGGUCCUAGUCAUGCACAGCGGCCAAUAAGUUGACGUUCUGAUAUCCAACAAAGCUGUGUUUUCAGCUGUUACGUUCCUCGAUCAUGGUUAGUGUCAUAAUUCAUACCUUGCAAACAACGCAAUUGUAGUAGCAUUGCCCAGACAAGGCCGGUGGUCAUCCAGUCAUCUAGUGCUAUUGUUUAUAUCCCAUAUAUUGCGAAAAAAAAUUUUGUUUUGUACACCGUUUUCUUCCUCUCAAUAUGUAUCAUUACAACAAGCCUUUGAAAAAGAUGUUACCAGUUUCAGAUAUAAUUGGUUGCCAACAACUUUUUUGCCUUCCUGCAAAUAAAUUGUUUUAUAC